AUGGAAAGGAUCUUAUAUCACUAUCUAAUAUUUCUCUUGCUCAGUCAAAUCCUAUGUUCAGGUUCAAGUAGGACAGAAAAUGAAGAAACAAGACAUGUCAAUGUACAAAGACAUGAAGUAAGACAACAAUCUACUGUCCAAAAGGAUAUUACCACUCCAAUUACUACCAUACCAACAAUUUCAACACCUCCAUUUCUCAAUCCAAAUUCAAAUCCAGAUACAUUUUCACCAACUUCCACAUUUCCUUUUACAACUCCUAACACAAUGAAUUCUUAUCCAAUCUAUUCUGGUUCAAGUUGGUGUGUUGCAAGCCCAAGUGCUUCAUUGAUUGCUUUACAAGUUGCAUUGGAUUAUGCUUGUGGAUAUGGUGGCACUGAUUGUUCGGCAAUUCAACCAGGUGGAAGCUGUUACAAUCCGAGUUCUAUUCAUGAUCAUGCUUCUUAUGCAUUCAAUAAGUAUUAUCAUAAGAAUCCUUUGCCAAAUAGCUGCAAUUUUGGUGGAACUGCUCUCAUUACUAGCACUAAUCCAAGUACGGUAGCAUGUCAAUAUCCUCCCACAAGUACAAGUUCAUCAAUUUUGAACACGACAAACUCAAGUGGUGCCAAUGUCUUUGGUUCUGUCCCAGUGCCCACCAACCCCUCUCCCUCUGCAGCCCCUCACACAUUUAAUAGCUUUGCAGAUUUUUGUAUCAUUAUAUGGAUAAUUUCAUUUCUGGAAAACAUAUUUUCCAAAUUCAUCAAUUUUGAAAAAUACAUGGAUGAAACAAGAGCUUCAUCUUGA